UCACAGUGCACUCCCCUUGCCUUUCGGUUCACAGGUGAAGACAAAAACCGAACCACGUUAACAACGGCCUUUCAAGCUUUCAUUAACCGUAGACGGCUCAGACACGAGAAAAGCCAGAAAACGCCCAAGCGCCCUUACUAUCCCUCAUCUCGGGAAAGUGGGACAAUGAUUAUCUGAUAAGCAUCGGAAAAGCCAUCCUAGCUAUCUUCUGUUCUCUUCUCUAUGGGGACACUCCUGAUUUUCAAAUGAUGGUUUCCAUGUCGAGAAGAGCCAGACAGAGAGAGACACCAGUGGUUUUGUUUUAUACAUGGAGAAUUUUACAUAGCUUUGUUUAAUUCUUCUUAUUCUACUCUUUCAAGUAAGGAGUGAUUUUAUCAGUCGAAUUGGUCAAUUCUUGCAGAGCUGGUGUAUAGAACGUAGAGAUUCAGAUUGGGAGGCUGGGAGGUAGAUAUCUGUGCCUCGCUCGAUUUGAUAGAUUCUGAUUUUAUCUAAAUUGAAGGAGAAUAAUUGAAUGGCCCAAUUUCCGUCGUCUUCUUCAUCUUCGGCGUCUCCGCCAUUGCUGUCAAUCGACGAGUGUCUGACUCUAAUUCCUGGCCUCCCAAACGACAUCGCAGCGCAAAUACUCUCCAUGGUCCCUUACUCUCGCCAUUCUCGUAUCAAAUGCACCUGCAAGGCAUGGUACGCCUUCCUCUCCUCCAAAACCCUAAUUACCCUCCGCCAUCACCUCUGUCAUCACACUCAUCUCCUAUGUAUAUUCCCUCAGGACCCUUCCAUCUCCUCCCCUUACCUUUUUGAUCCGCAAAAUCUCGCAUGGCGACCGCUACCACCUAUGCCCUGUAAUCCUCACGUGUACGGACUCUGCAACUUUACCUCCAUAUCUCUCGGCCCUAAUCUCUAUGUUCUUGGUGGGUCUCUCUUCGACACCCGCUCUUUCCCUAUGGAUCGCCCAUUGCCUUCCUCCUCCGCCUUCCGUUUCAAUUUCGUCGAUUCCUCGUGGGACCAACUCGCUCCGAUGCUCUCCCCUCGUGGUUCAUUUGCUUGCGCUGCAAUCCCUAGUUUGGGACAGAUAAUCGUGGCUGGUGGAGGGUCGAGACAUACCUUAUUUGGGGCAGCAGGAAGUAGGAUGAGUUCUGUGGAAAGGUAUGAUGUUGGGAGGGAUGAGUGGGUGGCAAUGGACGGGUUGCCCAGGUAUAGAGCAGGUUGCGUGGGGUUUUUGGUAGGGAGUGGAGAGGAGAGGGAGUUUUGGGUGAUGGGAGGCUACGGAGAGUCCAGGACAAUUUCUAUGAUGUUUCCAAUGGAUGAAUAUUAUAAGGAUGCUGUAGUCAUGGAUGUGAAGAAGAAUGGGUGUGGCAAGUGGAGGGACGUUGGGGAUAUGUGGCGGGAAGGGGAGAGAGCAAGGCUUGGGAAGAUUGUGGUCGUUGAGGACUGUGAUUGGGACCGACCUGGUGUUUUUAUGCUUGACAAUAAUGACAUUUUCAGGUAUGACAUGGUUUCAAACUCUUGGCAAAAUGAGUCUGCGGUACCAAGAAAAGCUCCUUGCAACUCCUCAUGUGGUUUUGUUGUGAUGGAUGGGGAGCUGCAUGUUAUGACUCUCCUGAAAGGAGGUGAUUCAACAGAAAGUCGAAGGUCAAGACAGCAGAAGAGGGCUGGGUCAAUUUUCAUCCAAAUCUACCAUCCCAGGAAGAAGACAUGGAGAUCACUCAUUACAAAGCCACCAUUUCAUUGCCCUUUGGAUUUUAACACUGCAGUUUUGUGCACCAUUCAAUUGUAAACAACUAUAUCUUACGAUUGUGGCAGUUAUUAAUACCUAAAUAGUUACCCAUUUGAUAUGACAAUUGUGUAUGUUACAUGAACCUUGGUCCUUCUUCAUAGCAAAUGGUAUAGGUCGAUGUACAGAUUGAUGAAGUGUUGCUAUUUAAUGUACCACAGUUCAUUUUUAGAUAGAUGCAAUAACAAUAUGUUGUAUUUUGUUACUUGAAUAGAAAUAUCCGUCUUGAUAAGAA